GGGGAAGGUGACGCUCUUCCAACAUGGUGACUAAGAGAGAUAAUUUCGAGCUUGACUUCAGCCUCGACCCUGUGUAUGAAUACCGUGAUCCACGGGGUUUUCGAGGAUCGAGGGUCUUUCAGCCUUCCUCCAGCAGGGUCCCACUGUAUGGUCCCCCUGUGGCUGCCCCAGCAGCCGGGUUGUCUACCCCACUGCUCCUUGCGGCUGUUGCUAUCACCAUCUUUGUGCUUGGUGCAGUCAUCGGCAUUCCCUUGGCUGUGAUAUUUGGCAUCGUUUUGCCGAAUUCCAGUACAGUCGAAACUCCUACAGGUUCAUCAACAACACAACCUCCAGUUCCUCAAGUACCUGAUCCUGUAAUUCCAAACACAGUUGCACCCCCACCUAGAACUCUCUUGGUGAGGUGUCCGGAUGACAUCAACACUAAUACACAGCAGGGUGAGGCAUAUGCCAUCGUCACCUGGGAUCCACCCAUGGUUCUCAGCGAGACAGAAGGCCAAGUACAGAUGAUGUCAACUGUGCAGCCAAACACUCGGUUCCCCGUGGGCUUCCAGAGGGUUCAGUACACCGUGACUGACACUGCCAGUAAUACAGGAUCAUGCUCUUUUCAGGUCACCGUUGUCGAUAACGAGCCCCCGUCCAUCCAGUGUCCAGCCAACAGAACUGUGCCAACAGACCCUCUGUCCAUCUCGGCUCGAGUUUUCUGGGACCCGCCUACCAUCACUGAGAAUGCUGGCAUUGUGACCGUGCGGCAGCAGACCGACCAGUCAGGGGACCAGUUCCACGUCGGUCCACACGUGGUUACCAUUGUCAUCCAUGACGAAGCCAACAACGAGAACAGAUGCUCUUUCAGUAUUGUAGUGGAAGAUCGUGAAAAACCUCGGGUUACCUGCCCUGCUGGCAUUGUUGCAUUCACCAAUGACCCCUUGGUUGGCAUGGCGCGGGCAACCUGGUCUGCCCCACUGGUGAGGGAUAACAGUCUGGGCCAGCUGGUGGCCAUUUGUACUCCAGCCAGUGGUUCUGCCUUCCCGUUUGGAAACACGCCAGUGAACUGCAUGGCCACAGAUGCUGCUGGGAACCCUGGGAGCUGCAUGUUCAUGGUCAUGAUUCGAUUCAAUGAUACGUUACCACCAGAGUUUGUCAGCUGCCCAUCAGAUAUUGUUGUCAAUGCCACCCAAGACUCUGCUAGUGCAUUUGUGACCUGGAUACCACCAAACGCCACUGACAACUCUCUACAAAUCCCCACGAUCAAUGCCAACACACAACCUGACCGUCAGUAUGAAAUUGGUAGCUACCAGGUGAUUUACACAGCCAUGGAUGUAGAGGGUAACUCUGCCCAGUGUAGUUUCCAAGUGGAGGUGCUAGAUUCACAGGAUCCCAGUAUCAUGUGCCCAGAUGACUUGAUUAGAAAUACUGACCGUGGACGACCCGAUGCCACUGUGAUUCUACCUGCCCCUACAACAAGUGACAACUCUGUGACAUCAUUGACAGUUACUACCAAUCCACCUGGGUCUCCUGUCCUUCGUAUUGGCAACCAUACUGUGACAUACACGGUUGCUGACGACAGUGGGAAUACGGCAUCAUGCGAUGUAACCGUCAUGAUCAGAGAUGGGGAAAAGCCAACAUUCACAAGACCAGCAAAUACCUCGCUCCCAGCAGGCCCUGGAGUAAGUUUUGCCAUUGCCGUUUUACCACUACCCACUAACCUGAUGGACAAUUCUGGAGAGAUUGUGAGAGUCUCCACCACACCUGCCAAUAACACCAUGCUACCUAUAGGGGAGAACAUUAUAGUCUACACAGUGAGCGACGCCUUUGGCUUGUCUGUGUCCUUCUCCAUCCAAGUCAUAGUUCUGGAUAAUGAGAAUCCUAGUAUCAUGUGCCCAGAUGACUUGAUACAGAAUACUGACAGUGGACGAGCUAAUGCCACUGUCACUCUACCUGCUGCACCCGGGCUAUGCUUACAAAUGCGAGACAUUGAGCUUCCAAGCUUUACACGUCCUUCUAACUUUUCCUUGCCAACGGUCAGUGGAGAAUCCUUUGCCAUUGUCAGACUUCCGUUGCUGACUGACGUGACUGACAACUCGGGGCAAGAUGUCAAUGUCACCACAUCGGUGCCUGACAAUAGCCAGCUGCCCAUAGGAAUACAUGCUAUUGUGUAUACUGUAACUGAUGUCAGUGGGAACGUGGUAACGUUUACAAUCACUGUCACAGUUGUAGAUGAGGAAGCACCAAGAUUUACACCUCCCUCUAACUUCACCAUUCCAGCCAUAGGCGGAGAAUCUUUUGCCAUAGUCAGGUUGCCGUUACCAACUAAUGUGGCGGAUAAUUCUGGUGACGCUGUUAACAUCACCACAUCACCGGCUAACAACAGUAUGCUAGACAUAGGGCCCCAUAGUAUCGUCUACACUUUAACAGACUCUAUGGGAAGGUUUAGCAUGUUUACCAUCAUUGUCACAGUUGAAGAUAAGGAAGACCCCUCCAUUAUGUGCCCUGAUGACAUCAUUCAGGACAAUGACAGAGGACAGGGUUAUGCCACCAUCACUGUCCCUGAUCCUGCCACAGUCUCUGUGAGUGACAACUCUGAAGGGCAGCUUACAACCAGGGCCGAACUGAAUGGGACACAUCAGUUCAGAAUUGGCAACCAUACCAUCAUGUACAACGUCACUGAUGAGAGUGGGAAUUCGAUGUCUUGCACUCUCAACAUCACCGUUAAUGAUGUGGAAAAUCCGACGUUCACACGACCAGUGAAUACCUCGUUCUCAGCAGGCCUUGGAGUAAGUUUUGCCAUUGCCGUUUUACCACUACCCACUAACCUGAUGGACAAUUCUGGAGAGGUUGUGAGAGUCUCCACCACACCUGCCAAUAACACCAUGCUACCUAUAGGGGAGCACAUUAUAGUCUACACAGUGAGCGACGCCUUUGGCUUGUCUGUGUCCUUCUCCAUCCAAGUCAUAGUUCUGG